GUGUGUAACGUUUGACACGGUAUUCUGUGGUGCACCCAACCUACGUCCGGAAAUCUCUGAAGUAAUGUUCAGAUGCACCCGAAGUCGAUGUUAACUAUAAGAAUUAGUUGUGCUUCAGGUGCAGAUAACUCAAUGUCUUUGUGUAGCUGUGUACGUCUUACCCCAUAGUAUCCAAACUUAUCAUCGAACAUCUACCGUCAUGGCUUUACAGAGGGGAGGAAAAUCCACCGUGUCUCCAUUCUGGACACCGAAUGAACUCACAAACCAACUUUAAAGGCAUCUACGGAGUACGCAUAAAUUUCACCAUUGAAGUAUGAGUCGAAUUUCUUAAAGAUGCAGGAGGUAUGGUGAUCUGCACAUUAAAUUCUAAGCUGUAUGCAGAAGUUUGUUCAUUUGCUGAACCUACAAUGGGCCUCAUUUUUCUCAGCAUUUGAUACGUAAUCCUUCUGUUAAUCCUAAUUUUUAAAAUUUUGUUAUUUUCUCUGCUUUCGCACUAUUGCAUUUCUACUUUCUAUGACACUGGUGGGAACUUAACCCUCUUUCAAUUUUAGCUCUGUUCAAUCCUGUCACUUGUAUUGUGUCACUCAAUUCACUUGUUCACGAAGUUCAGCAGAACUUCGUGUUCUCUUCUUUCUAAUGUCCAUAUGAGUAUUUUCCACGAACUGAAAAUUCCUACCUUCAAACUUUCAUAUCAAGUUAAAAAUUAUUAUCACCUUCGUUACUAUGUGGAAUUAAACAAAUAAAAAAUUAACUCUAUCGAAUACCUUUUCUUUUAUAAUUCCGAUUUACUUACUGUGGUGCUGAGAAAGUUAACGUUAAAUUGCGGGAAAUGCCCAAUUUACUCUAUUACUUCUUUUGGUUACUUUGAAGUGAAAACAUUUUCGAAACAUGAUAUUCAUGGAUUCUGUGUAUGUAUGUAUGUACAUACACCUCUUCUUGGCUAACAUUUAUCUAAUUUUGUGCUACUUUGUAUUUCUAAGAUAUGCUUUGAACUGUUAACUUUAUUAAUACCAUAAUCGCCUGUGAUGUUUCAGCUUUAUUUAAACAAACAUUUAUACUUAAAGCCCAAUCUUCUAUUUUCGUGAGGUAAUCUUACUACUAGUUUUACUUAGAUUUAUUGAUAUAAAGUCCACAAGUUGGUUAAAUUCGAUUCGUAUCCAGCCGUAAUCAUUUGUAGUUGAUGAAUUCAGUUUCACGUAUUGUAUUAGUUGCAUUAUUUCUUUCAGUUUAAAUAAAAGCUUUGGAUUACUUUGCUUCGAGAGUCUAAUUUUGCUUCACAGUUGCUGUCGUAUGCAUUUAUCAUGGACUGUAGUUGGGUCUAGUCUAUCUUGAAACAAUAAAGAGUUUACUGCACUAUGGGGAACCAUUAAUUAUGUUUUCAUUAUUUAUUUACAAGUCUGAUAUCUGCAGUGAAUUAUGGGAUAUUGUAUAUUGAGCGUCUCUAAAGGAGCCUUUGUCAAAAAACUCAUCAGACCUGACAUUAUCUUGCAAUUACGAUCUUGUUACAAGUAGUUGAAGUACGUGAUAGCUAAUUGACUGACUGGCGAUUUUGUGCUAACCGUAUGGUUUAGUCCUGGCUUCAACAGGUAUUUGGCACACGUCAAUGUCUCGAAUUAGUUGGUCCUAUGAAUGAAUGAUUUUUGAAUGAUCUAUCUCAUACGACAGUUUCUAAUCUUAAAUUAACAUCGUUCGCUAUUGAUGCCUACGAAUAUUGUGUGCAUACCCUUUCUUUGUAGUUGUUUUUCAAUAAAUUGAUAUGAGUCCUAUCCGUAUUUGUUCAUGGAAUAUCAAUGGCUUGCGUUCCAUUCAGCAACCUUUGAAAUGUGUCUUGGACUCACUUUCAUCUGAUAUAAUUUGUCUUCAAGAGACCAAAUCUACACCGGAUAUAAGCAGUGAAUUCGUACUCUCAGAUAAUUACAAUGCUUACUUCAGCCAUAGUUUACACAAACCAGGAUACUCAGGUGUUGCAAUAUUUUGUCGUAAUCCUAUCAAACCGGUCAAAACCUAUCAUAGCUUAAAUGAAAUGAUUAUUGAAAUAACUUCUCCAGGCUCCGAUGGUUGUGAGUUAACAAACGGAUGGGAUUUUCUUAUGAGAGAACUGAAUAUCUCUCAUACCGAAGCUCGUAACUUGGAUGCUGAGGGUCGAAUAUUGGCUCUCCAGUUUCCAGCUGAUAUUUUUGAUGUUGUAGGGAGUGAUUCCAAGAGAUGUUUGCCACUAGUUGUAAUGUCUAUAUAUUUUCCCAGACUCAAUUCGGAAGAUGUUAACCGUUUGAACUUCAAACAUAAUUUCCAGCAUGCUGUAAAAUUAUGUACUGAAUUGUUUUUGUUAGAAAAUUUCGUGGUUAUGGCUGGUGACUUUAAUAUUUGUCACAAAGUGAUCGAUCAUUGUGCACCCGAUGAAUUUGAAGCAGAGAAGAUUUCAAAUCCAUUUCGUCAAUGGUUUGAUCAACUGUUAGUGGAACAACAACGAGAUCAAAGUCUUAACACCGAAGAAUACUCACAGUCUAGGAGAUUUGUAGAUAUUUUCAGGUUAUUACAUCCGAACCAGAAAAAUGCGUUCACCUGCUGGUCAUCGCGUACAAAUGCUCGUCAAACCAAUUAUGGAGUUCGACUAGAUUAUAUUCUUGUAGACUCUCAACUUGCAAAUUUAUAUGCAUUGCCGAAUGAUGAAAUAAAAGCAGAUUUAAUGCCAGAUAUUUGCGGUUCUGACCACUGUCCAAUAUAUGCAGAUUUACCGUAUUCGUAUAACUCAAACGCAAAGUUAUCUUAUUCAUUUCCUCCUAAAUGUUCCCACCACUGGCCACAGUGUCAAACGAAACAAACACAGAUAAAAAAUUUUUAGUUUCUAAGAUCUCCAACACGAAGAAUGAAAACAUUCCUCCUAUAUUGAAUACUUCUGUUUCUUGUUUGGAAAGAUCACGAGCUAAACGUAAAACAUCUACUCUAAAGCAAGCAAAAUUCACUUCUGUCGGACCUUUCAAAGCAGUGAAGUUGAGUGAAUCCUCAGGUAGCGAGGUACAACCAUCAAGUGCAAAGGAAAUGAUAACUCCCAGGAUAAAGGACUACGAUCCAAUUAAAGCAGUUCAAUCAACUGAAGCUUGGUGGAACUUGUUGUCAGGACCUAAGAAACCUCCUUUAUGCCUUGUUCACAAAGAACCUUGUAUUGUGAGGACUGUGAAACAAAUGCAAACUAGCAAAGGGAAUCGAUUUGGAAAGAGGUUUUGGGUGUGUGCACGACCUCAGGGUGCUCCAGACAAUCCGGCGGCACGGUGUAACACAUUCUUUUGGGAUGAUCAAGUGCCUAACAACACUAACAAGUGAUUUAGUUAAAUUUUUAUUAUUCGAAUAAAAAAUCAUUUUGAAAUUACUGAAAUUAUACAAAUUG